AUGAUAGUUAAAAAUGAUCUGCGUUUUUAUUUUUAUGAAGUCAUCAAAAAGAAGAACAUCCUCAUUCUUGUUGGAGAUGAUGUCGACGCUCUUUGUGCAUCUUUAAUUCUCACUGGUUUGCUUCGAUGUGACGAUGCCGCUUUUUCGGUGGUUCCCGUUGCAACAUGGAUAGAUGUCAAAAAAGCAAUAGCUGAACAGGAGCAAAGCCAAGUUAUCGUUAUGUUAAAUUGUGGAGGAAAUCGCACGCUAUCCGAAUUAGAGAUUCCGGAAGCUUUACCCGUUUUUAUCUGCGAUAAUAGGCGUCCCUUUGAUCUCGAUAACGUUUAUGAUGCCGAGCAAGUUCGGAUAAUCGUUGAUCCAAAGGAAAUUGAAGAAUUGGGGGUACCGCCAAUUGAAGAUGUGUUUAAAGAAGAAACUUCUUCCGACGAGGAUGAGGACGAAGAUGCCGAAAGCUAUGCAAUAACUAUGCAACGUCGAGCUUUGAAACGAGAGGAAAAGCGAGCUUGGGAGCACCGAAAAGCUCAAGCACUAUGGAGAUACUACUCUAACACAUGGGUCUCACUACCGACAUCAAUACGAAUACUUGAGCUAGCAUUCUCCCUAAAUAGAGCCACUCCGGAGUUCAUGUGGUUAGCCUCUGUUGGAUUAAACAGCCUUUACGUGGAUAAUUUGAUAAACUUGCAAGUCUACUCGGAAGUUUGUGUUGGAAGAAUUCGACAGUUUAUUCACAAAUUUGCGCCAAAAGCCACUCCAAGAUCAGAUGAUUUGUUCAGAAUCAGUUUUGACAAAGAACUCACCCUUGCUGUUUACACAAGUUGGUCUCUAUAUUCGGCGAUGCGUGUGAAUCAGUUCUUCGCUUGUAAAACAACAAACUGGAGCCAAACUGGCGAAGACAAUAUGAAAAAACUCUACGCUCGCUUGGGUAUUACUCUAGCCGAAGCUCGGCAAGUAUUUUCUUCCCUUUCUACUGAGCGUAAAAAAGAAAUAGCAAUGAUUUUGAAUUUCGAAACGAAGGAACAUUUUCACACUUUUACCGCGCAUAUUGGUUAUUCCGCCCGUGUCACUGCUGCCGAUACUGCACGGAUAGUUGCGCUAAAACUUGAAGCACAAAGACCCGGAUCUCACCUUGUGGAUAGAUUCAGUGCAGCAACAGGAAUUUUGAAAGAUAUGAUGUCACCUGGGAAAGAAAUUGUGCUGCAAAAGAAUAUUGAGGCAUACAAGUUGGCACUCGAACUUGUUUAUCAGUAUGUGGCCACGGCGCUGAACCAAUCUGAAAUUAUAAGCAUGGGACAGUAUUAUCUCUACGCGUGUAGCAAGGUGGUUGAUGAGGGCCUAAUGGAGUCGAGACAUUUUCUGCUGCUAUUUCAAAAUUUCGUUUUGGAAGCUUUCGCAUCAUCUCGUAAGAAAAGAAGAGCAAAACCCUUGAUCGUCGCUUUCCCGUUAGCGGGAAACAAAGAAGGUUGGCAUAUCAUUUCGGGAGUCAUGCCGCUUGGUACUGCAUAUCACGAUAAUUAUUUAAAAAGCGUCAUCGGUGGUGCUUUCGAGAAGUGCGAAAGCAGCAAUCUACGAAUGCUUCGAGAACGAUUCAGCCCUGACAUCAUUCUACUAAAAUCCGAAGAUCGAGGACGGUUCUUUGAAGUAUUGCAAACGGUUUUUGAA